AUGGCGUCGUUCAAGUCUGUUGCUUUGCUGGCGUUGGCUGCCGCUGGCGUCAGUGGUUCCCCGGUGCCCACCCGUACCACGGGUGAAGCCGCCUGUGCCGAGAUUGCUUCUAUGCAAAAGGCGUACAAGGAGGCCUAUGCGGCCGCAAACCCAAGUGCCACCUACACCCCGAUGAUGACUGCUCCAGUUGCGCUGGCUACGGAAUGUCUCUUCUCUGUUCCAAUCGACCGCAAGGUUGCCCUAGAGCAACUUACUGGAAUCCAACGCUAUGUUCAGUUCCAGAGUACUCUUGGUUACCUGAAGAACCCACCAAAGGAGGAUAGCUUCCAAGCCCCCAACCCACUCGACUUGGUUACACAAAUCAACGAACUUUCCCACAAGGUUCGAGCAAAGGAAAUCACCAAAGAGUAUGACUUCGAACUUAAACUUCGAACCAUCUUCGCAUCCGCCAACGAUGGUCAUCUCACUGGUACUAUGGGUGGUCUUUUGGCUAUUCAAUUCAACUCCCCAUUUGAUAUCGUAUCUGUCUCCAAGGACGGGCUUGCUUUGCCAGAAAUCUACCAAGCCGUUGUCAAGAAUGGAAAGAUGGAGCCAGUUGGUUCUCCAAUCAUCACCAUUGACGGACAAAAUGUGACCGAGUACCUCAACAAGAUUGCUUUUGGAACGGGUCUCCAGAGCCCUGAUGCUCGAUUCAACGGUCUUUUCCCAUCUCGUGGUCUCCAGGGACAGGUUCUCAACGAUGGUUUCUUCAGGAAUCGAAGACGUUACCCUGGAAGCGACGGGUUUUCUGUCAGAUUCGCCAACGGUACUACUAGAGAUUAUGAAUACUACGCUACCGUUGCUGGAAACUUCGAUACCGUCACUAGUGCAGGCACUUUCUAUGAGGCCUUCGUUAAGAAAGGACAGAUGUUGGCUUCCAAGCCAAAUCCUCGAUGCGGAAAGGAUGGUGACAUCUCCAGCCAAAGAUACCAAGCCCGCAUUGGUAAACGUUCUAGCGUUUGGAAGUAUGCUGGUCCACAAAGUGGCCCACAAUCCGAAUUGAAGCCAGACGUCACCGAUGGAAAGGGAGGAAUCUUCGCUGGGUACUUCCUUAAGAGCGAAACUGCUGUUCUUCAACUCACCUCCUUCGCCCCAGAAUGUUGGUCUGAUGUUCCCCAAACCAUCAAGGCUAUCUCCAACUUCCUGAAAAUGUGCAGAAAGAGAAAUGCCAAGAAGCUCAUUAUCGAUAUCACCAACAAUGGCGGUGGAUACAUCAUGUUGGGCUACGACUUGUUCUUGCAACUGUUCCCACAGACUGUUCCAUACAGUGGACAGCGUAACCGCGCCAACCCCGGUGGUCUCGUUGAAGCUCGUGCAUUCGACUACAUCACCUUCGAGAUGUUCGAAAAGCUCGUAAACCACAAUAGCACCCUAUCCUCCUUGGCAUUCGCUGCUACCUGGUCCAACUGGGCUCACUCCGUCAUCCUCAAUGACGACUACGAGAAAUUCAAGGACGUCAAUGAAUUGAUCGGCCACAGCAAGAUCAACAAGGACAGAUACUCUUCGCUUUGGCGAUUCAAUAUCUUUGAGCCAAUCUUCGGUCUCGGAGUUCACGACUACACUAAGGAUAACCUCACCCCACCAUUCGAGCCUGAGAACAUCAUCUUACUCACCGAUGGACAGUGCUCUUCUACUUGCUCCACUUUCUCUGAGUUCAUGCAAACACUGAAGGGCGUCAAGUCCGUCUCCGUUGGUGGUAUUCCAACUCCCGGCCGUGGCAUGCCACUCGUCGGUGGUGUCCGUGGUAGCGAAAUUCUUUCUUUCAGGAACCUCCUUGAUGCCGCCGACGCCGUUAGCGUCUUGAGGCCUACUAAAGAUGAAGUUGAACUUGCCAGACGCAGGCGAGAUCUCCCACAGAAAUUGCCAUUGCCAAUCAGCGGUAAUGUUAACUCUUUGGACAAUGUUAGGAAGGGACAUGAUGCUCCCCUCCAGUUCAUCGAGGAACCUGCUACUUGCAGAAUGUUCUACACUAAGGAGACUUUGGCAGAUAUCGGAGCUUUGUGGAACUCCGUUGAUGAUGCAGCUUUUGGAAGUGGAAAGGGCUGUGCUGUUGGAAGUUUGAAGAACUAA